AGCCCAUUAUUGCUCGAGCCUUGCAUUCCGCCGGGCCAGCUUCAUGGCCGCACAAGCUCGGCUGGAUGCCACCAAAGGCCUGACGGAGUCAAAGGCGCGAGCGCGUGCAGCCAACCGUGCGGCUGCUGAAGCUGAAGGUUCCAGAGCCGCCGGACAGCUUGCUGCUCGGGCCACAGGACCCUUGCCUCAGAGCGCGGCCGAUCUGCAGACAGAGACCACAGGCCAUUUGUUGGCGACCUUGCAAAUGAAGCUCAAAGAGCUUGACGAGGAGGUGCAGGCCGAGGAGCGAGGGGCUGAAGAGCUGCGAAGGCACCUGCUGCGCCUGCAGCAGGAGCACGCCGAGCUAAAAAAGGAAAGAGACCGAGCAGCUGCUUUGGUAGAAGGCUAUGAGGCUGGCUCUGUCACUUUUGACAAGGAAUAUGCCAAGCUUAUGGACAACUCAGACGAAACUUACAAGAUGGUGCGAGCGAAGCACAAGGAGGCAGUUGGAAUCCUGCAAAAGGAGGACACCUUUGCCUACCACCCGGCUUACAAGCGCCCGACAGACAAGUUUGAGGCUGCAUACUUCACUCCUGUGCCACUGAAGAAGGCUGAGGAGAAGAAGAACCCCGCCCAGGCCAAGAUUGAUCGACUGAGGAAGCAGGGCACUCUGUCACAGGUGGGCAGCAUCACCACUGGGGCAGCUUCAAGCGGCUAGACGCCCUGUGAUCCGGAGAGGAGCAAUGCAAGGUUGCAAGGUUGGCUUGUGCAGUAAUUAGCUGCUGUCCCAGUGUCCAUUUGCUAAGCAGUGGGCAAGGUCUGUGGACUGACAGUGCGAGUGUGGUGGCAUAUUUGGAGGUGUCAGGCCUGAGAGCCUGACACCAGCAGCUGUAUAACAGCCAGAAGAUGUUGCGUUUGAUCCUGCCAAGCAGAUCGAGCAAGAAAUGUUGCUUUGGGUCAGC